AAAGGAAAAACACCUGCCUUAACGUUUUUCUUUUGUUGUUGAGGAUUUACUCGGUAAUAUUCUAUUUUAUUAUAUUCUAUUUUAGUCUGAGCACCAAUCUUCCCAAAAUGUUCUAAUUUUCUCACAGCAUUAAUUAUUGUGAGAAAAUAACGGUAUUAUUUUUUAUAUAACAAAGAUCAAAACAAAUGUGUAUUCUAUCAAAACUCCCGUGUUUAGUGACAGCUCCAUUUGUACAGUAAAAUGACAUCUCUCUCGGGGUCACAUGACACACUCCUUACAGUAAAAUACCAAUAUGGCAGAAGCGGUGGGUCUUGCGCGGUAACUAAAGCAACAUAACACAGGAGCACACUGUCAAAUUCAACACUAAUCAGUACAAGACCGCAGCGAUGAGGGAGAGACAGAAGAAAAAGAAGGGGAGGACAUGGGCAGAAGCUGCUAAAACGGUAUUGGAAAAGUACCCGAACACACCCAUGAGCCACAAAGAGAUCCUACAGGUGAUCCAGAGGGAGAGACUGAAAGAGAUCAGUGGUACUUCCCCGCUGGCAUGUCUUAAUGCUAUGCUCCACACCAACUCUCGCAGUGACGAAGGGAUCUUUUACAAAGUACCUGGGCGAAUGGGGGUCUACACACUGAAGAAGGACAUUGGGGACGUGGUGAAGGAACUGUCUGAGGAGGGGUCAGAGGAGGGGUCGGAGGUGAAGGAGCUGUCUGAGGAGGGGUCGGAGGAGGAUGGUAGUGAUAAUCUGUCUGAUUCCCAGAGAAGCACAGAGAACAACAACUACAACGCUAACAACCAGGAGGGCAGAAGGGGACGAUGGAGGAGGAGAGAACCGUCCAGACAAAUGCUAUCAAAAGAACCACAGAGACACAAGUCAAAGGGUUACAGCUACGGGCCCUCCAAGCUGCCGCCUGAUCCGUUGUCUCCUCAGCCACGCUGUUCAUCUCCCUCUGUCCCCAGCAGCAAGCUCAUCUCUCCCUCACAGAAACACUGCAAGAAGGCCCUCAAACAGGCCCUGAAGCAGCAGCAGCAGAGGAACCAGCGGAGACAAGGGGGCAUGCCCACAACCUCCAGCCCUAGACUACUGCUUAAGACUGACACCAUUGCCAGUAAGACCGACUCCUGUCCUGCUGCUGGUACCAGGAAGAUGUCCCAGAGGUCCAGUCGACUCAGUGCACGGCAACUGAAGCGUACCAAGUGUGCAGAGAUAGACGUUGAGACACCAGACUCUAUCCUGGUUAACACCAACCUGCGUGCCCUGAUCAACAAACACACCUUCUCUGUCCUGCCCACAGAGUGCCAAGAGAGGCUACUGACGCUACUGCCUGAGGGCGACCAACAGGCCUGUAUGGAUGGUCUGUUGAAGGUCACCAGUUCUGCCUUAAACAAUGAGUUUUUCACAUCAGCAGCUCAGUCCUGGAAGGAACGACUGGCGGAAGGUGAGUUCACUCCUGAGUUGCAGCUGAGAAUGCGUCAGGAGAUUGAGAAGGGGAAGAAGGUGGAGCAUUGGAAGGAGAGCUUCUUUGAGAACUACUAUGGUGAAAACUCUGGACUCAGCUUAGAGGAAUCCAAAGAGCUGCUUGAGUCUGGUCUCAGUUUGGAGCUCUCAGCCACCAAAGCCCAGUCGUCUCCUCCAUCACAGCCACGUCCUGCUGGCCAAGUACUGCAAGACGCCAAGAUCCCUUCGAACAGCUGCCAGACUCGCUCUUCAGAGAGGAGGCUCCGAUCUUCAUCACUGCCCAUAAACCCGACAUGUAAACCCAUAGAACCUACCAAGUCAAGGCCAGAGCCUGUUCAAGACGAACCAGUAGCAGUCCCACCCGUUGUACUACCGGUGCUGCCAAAGAUCGUUCAGAAGACACUGGAGGUUGAGUACCCUAGACACAGGACUCGUAGUAGAGGUUUAUCCCUACCUAUAGUGGCAGUGGAGGCAGCUCUUGUGCGGAGACAUGAUGUGGUGGAUUCAACCUCAACGGUUACUCCACUUGGAGACAAGCAGAAGGAGAAAGAUGAGGAGCAGGAUUUGAAAGAAGCCCAGCCAGACACCCCCCAGUACCCUGAGAUCCCCCCGUCCCCUGAGAUCCCCCCGUCUCCUGAGAUCCCCCCUUCCCCUGAGAUCCCCCCGUCCCCUGAGAUCCCCUCGUCCCCUGAGAUCCCCCCGUCCCCUGAGAUCCCCCCGUCCCCUGAGAUCCCCCCGUCCCCUGAGAUCCCCCCGUCCCCUGAGAUCCCCCCGUCCCCUGAGAUCCCCCCGUCCCCUGAGAUCCCACCAUCCCCUGCCCAGGAGAGUCAUCCAGAGGUCUGCCCCCAGAUGAAGCUCAGUUCAUCACUGCCCAUCGACCUUCCAGAGCCUCUGGGAGUGGACAAGCAUAGUGGGGAGAGGAGGGAAGAUGUUGGCAUUACACCAGAGAGAGGAGCCUCAGCCCCUGUGUCAGUCACCUCUGUAUCCGCCCCUGUAUCCGCCCCUGUACCCACCCCUGUACCCACCACCCCUGUACCCACCCCUGUACCCACCACCCCAUCCCCAGAGCCGUUGAAAAGGAAGUCCUCGUCCAGUGAACAGGAAGUAGAGCUGACUCCAGAGAAGAGGGCCCGCAUCACUCCACCAGCAGUAUCUGUGGUAACCUCUCCAGCAACCACAGUAACAACAGCAGAGAGAGUGCCCCCGCUUCAGAUUACUGUGUCGCAAAUCCUAUCAGUCCCAGUCCUAGCAUUUCCAACCCAGGUGUCCCCCAGGACCCCUCUCCCUGUCUCCCUCAGUCCCAGCCCUGGUCCUAGCCCUGGACGCAUUGGUGCUCGCACUCUGGCUGACAUCAAGGCUAAAGCCCAGCUAGCCCGGACCCAACGUGCAGCAGCAGCUGCAGCGAGCUCCUUCUCUAAAGGUGCAGUACCAGGCCCAGGACCAGGAGGAGGCAGUGGAGAGCAAGGAAACCAUAGAGCUUCAGCUCAGACCCUCCACUCCAGACCCUCCUCCUCCACCCAAAGCUCCACCCAAUCUCAGUCAACCACCAAGCUGCCAGCAAGCCUCACCAUUGGUCAAUCUACCUGUCAAUCACCCAAUGCAGUCACCACACUAGCCCACUCCCAUUCUGUCCAAUCAGGCUCCUCUGUGCCCUUUGACCUUAGCCUGUCUCAAAGAGGCUCCAACACCAGCAGAGCGUCUCUCACUGAUGACCGACAGAGAAGCUACUCUGCUGGUAACAUGAGCCCAGGUUUUCUGAUGGGGCCUCAACAUGGGAACAGUCAACAUACAUCACACCCAUCAGGUCCCCAGUCAACCUCUAGCCUCACUUCAUCUGUGUGUGGUGUGAAGAGCCAGUAUGUAUCUGGAGGCUCCAUGGCAGCCAGGGCUAGCCACUUCAUCCCAGCCAACAACCCCCUGGUCACAUCUCUCCUCCAGGGGAAAGAGGUUUCUCUGGAACAGAUCCUCCCCAAGCCGCUGGCCAAGGCAGAGGUCCAGGUGGCCCAGACCAAACCCUCCCAUGAUGACAAAUGGAAGAUAAAGUCCCACAGCACAGCCGGGACAGCCAGUGGUGAAAGCCAGAGUCAGUACCUACAAUCUGGUGGUGUGGAGGACAACAGUAGAUCCAAACAGCAAGGAUCCAUAGGCUGCUCCCCCUCUGCCAUACCUGGAACAAGAGCAGGUAAGUUGGCAGAGCUCCAGCACCAUCAAAGGGAAACACCUAACAAAGACAUCCAGGAGCAGAUCCUCAGGGCUCUGAUGCAGAGGGCCACCCAGCAGCACCAGAACCAGCCGUAUGGGGUCUCAGGCGAGGCUCAGCGUGCCCAGUUUGGAGCCUGCAAUCUAGGGCACCAGGAGGAGUGUGGGGAUCGUCCCCGGUUCUCCGCGGGGAUCCCGGAAAGGAAGAGGAUGUCCAGGCCUGCCAUGUCAGGGCACUACCUCCUCAAUGUUUCCACGUACGGACGAGGCUCAGAGAGCAGUAAACGCUCCCACCCAUUGGCUACCGCCAACACCUUACUGACCCCUCUGGCCAAUCUGAAGAGAGAACACACAGAGGGAGAGGAGCUGGCUAACGAAGGGGAGGAGUCAGUGGAGAAUAAGCCUCAUUCUCAUUCUAACUCAGCCGGAGGAGUCAAGAUGGAACAGCAGGGCUUCUCAAUCACAAAAAUGGGUGAAGCUCUGGGCUUUCAGCGCUGUUCCAGGAUAAAGUCUGAGUCUCCAUCAGUGGAGGGCUGUCCACCGGAACGGAAGGACAACAGUUUAGCCAGUACAGAGAGAGACAGUGGCACUUCUGCAAGAGCCAAAGAAACCAACCUUUUCACCCAAUCACAGCACAGGAGGCACCUGGAACUUUGCAAUAGUAAACAGGGUGGUCAUUCUGAGCCAUAUUGGGUAUCUGUAUCUCCCCACGUGGGGACCAGGGACCCCAGUCACCCCAGUACUCACCAGCAUCCGUCUGCCUUUCAAACCCAGAGACCUCCAAUCAAUAAUCAGGAAUCCAUGGUGGGGUCCUGCUACAGUGGCACCAUCAGCAUGUCUGUACCUCACACUCUGAGUCUGAACCACAGUGCUGCUGUUUCAGGUACCGCUUCCAGCACCUCCCUCUCUGUGUCAGGUAGUGGUGGGGACAGCGGCAGUGGCACCGGCAGUGUCAUGUCUUUCUCAGUGACCGUCACUACCAUACCUGCCGGUCACCCUUUGGACCACAUAAACCAGGGGGAGGGGUCUCCAGAGCAGGGGUGUAUGGAGGUAUCUGGUAUAGAGGACGUUCAGUCUAAAUGCUACUGCCGACUCAAAGCUAUGAUCAUGUGUAAAGGGUGUGGGGCCUUCUGCCAUGACGAUUGCAUUGGCCCUUCGAAACUCUGUGUCUCGUGUCUAGUGGUACGAUAAAACGAAUAAUGUUAGAAAUGUAGAAAUGAUUUGUUUCAAAUCUUUAUUGUUGCAAGUUAGUUAGCAUCAAGUAAUCUACCAUUGUCAAGAAGUAGUUACCAGCAGGGUUGGGGUCAAUUCGAUUUCAAUUCAGGAAGUAAACUGAUUUGAAUUCCGAUUCUAAUUUUCUCACAGAAAAAAAGGGUAAUUGCAAAGUCAGUUUAUUUCCUGAGUUGAUUAAAUUGAAGUGGGAUUGACCCGAACCAUGGUUACCAGGGUAAAAUGCACAGUGGCCAUACUAAACCCAACCCAUGGUUUUCAGUGGGGAGGCAAAGCAUUUACGCUAGAUGAUCAUAGUCUUGUUUAAUCUGUUCCAUCUGAGAAAGACUGGUUUGUUUUGGCCAAUUCACAGUAGUAGUUUUGUUUUGAACUGUUCAAAUCAAAUCUACACCUUUCAGACUUGAGACAUGUUGAAUCUUGGCAAUACUUUGCACUUGGACAUGUUAGUGUUCUAUAUUUUUGUAAAGAUAGUUUAGAUUUUUAAAAAGAAAGAAAAAAAUGAAUGUUGCUAUUUUUGUAGAACGUAAUAACACUGUUGUUAUGUUAAAGACUGCCACUCCUUGUUCUGAUGUUUAAAAAGGUGAAGAAGGGAGUUCAAUGAGGUUUGCGUGUAGGUGGGGGAGUACAAAUAUACUGAUUUAUAUCGAUUUUAAAGGUUGCAAUCAAUCAUUUAUAUAUUUACAGUACUAGAAACAGUCUUACAGAUAUAUAACAAUGAGAAUAGAUAUUUGAAAUUAUUAUUUUGAAUAUAAAAAAUAUGUCACAAUGAUUGCACUUAGCUUUUCUAAGUACUAACACUUACUGGGUAAAGGACUUGAAUGACAGCUCUACUGUGUGUAUACUGUACACUAUACAUGUAGUGUACACUGUACAUGUAGUGUACACUAUACAAGUAGUGUACAGCCUUCGUACUCUAACAUGGUGUUGAAAAGUUAAAGCACUUCACAGAUAAAUGGAUAAAUAGUGCCCUUCGAGGAGCAAGCUGAGUAGCCUGGUUCCAGAUCUGUUUGUAUUGUUUUACGACAGUGGCCAUAGGAGUUGUCAAUACAGUACUAACAGAUCUGCGGCAAGACUACUAACUAAGAUCUUUCCCAUUUCAGUCUAAGGUCAUUGGUGAAGUUUUACCGACACCGUGAACCUUCAUUGCCUCCUAAAACCUUGACUUAAAGAUAUUGUCUCAUGACGCAUUAUUUUUCAUACGUGGAUGCUUGUUUGUGGAUAGCAACGUAACUAUUAGCCGUGAUGUACAGUUAAAACACUCAGAGAAAGAAGGGAGUAAAAUGUAUUAUUCUUUUGCUUUGUAAAUAUUGUCUUUAAGCUAUAUUUAGAAAUGAAUUCUCUAUCUAAGCUUUAUGUACGUUGCUUAAGCAUAUCCAACAUUAUAUCCAACAUUAUAUGUUUUUAUUGCAAAAGAGUUUAUAUCUCUAAAAGAAACUACGCAAAAAUGUGUAUUUAAACGCUAAAUGCUGUACUCUCAAGAAACCAUUCAAAGUAUAGGCUCCUGGUAUAUACAGGUUGAUAGGGAGGUAGAGGUACAGUUCACUACAUAUAAAGCAAAGGCACAUAAUAUUGGUAUGCAUGGUGAUUGCAAUUAUAAAAUCUAAAUGUAUCAAUCAUAUUUUUGAAUGAUCUGACUAAAACUAAAGAUAGUUGCUGAGUACCGGUAUAUUUUAUAGAAAUCAUUUCCAUGGUAACAUGCCAAAGUCACCUCAUGAAAACUAAAAGAUCAGAUCUCUUUUUUUUAAAUGUCUGACUAGUUAAAGAAAGUAAUAUAUUUUAAGUCAUAUAUUUUAAUAUAAAAAAUCUAUUUACAAAUCUUUUUUUUUUAAGAACAGGGUAUUUUUUUUCAAAUGUUUUUGUUUGAGUAGACAGACCAAUUACUUUUGUAACAGAAAAAAAUCCCCAGGUUUUCUGAUUCUGAAUGUCCUUUUCCACUGAAGUCCUGCCUGGAAUAUUUUAACCCUCUGAACUGAAUGCUCUUGUAAUGACUUUGGUUAAUAAGAUAAGGGUCUUUGUUUUUAUGUCUUACACAUAUUUCCAGCAUUAACUAUGUGCUUUAUUUAGGGAAAAAUAAAUGCCUGUAAAUUAACAAUACAAUUUCAUGGCACCGUUUGUAAGUGGUCGGUGGAUUGGAUCCAGGCUCUGUGUGUGUGUGUGUGUGUGUGUGUGUGUGUGUGUGUGUGUGUGUGUGUGUGUGUGUGUGUGUGUGUGUGUGUGUGUGUGUGUGUGUGUGUGUGUGUGUGUGUGUGUGUGUGUAUAUAUGUGUAUCACAUGAUUCUCAAAAAGUUUAAAGUCUACGUCCCAAAUAGCACCCUAUUCCUUUAUAAUGUUGGGAAUAGGGCGCCAAUUGGGAAGCAACCAAAUGGUUCAGAAAUGGAGGGUUCAUAUUUUGUAAGGAUAUAAAAGAGACCUUAUAUUUAUGAUUUCCCCUCUAUCAUUGCAAACUUUUUUGCAAAAAAUAUUUUAAAAAAUCUGUUGACUGACUGAUGUGAUGGUGGCUGGAUUGCAAAGAGAAAGUUGUUUUUACCUACAGUACAUUUUGUAAACAGGCAGCUAACGUCUUUAUUGAUGAAUAAUUGAUUUAGUAGCCUACUCAACUUUGUCCUUUUUCUCAAACCUUGAUUGACUUUUUUUAAAGCAAUUGACAGCCUAAAUUCAGAGGGAUAUAUUGAUUAGAUUAAUUUUGAAACCUAAGGACAAAAAAUAAAGGUUGAGGAUAGAUUUGGGGGAAAGUGUUUUCUAAGUGUCAUCGGGCAAUCAAUAAUGGUUUGAAAAUGUCUGUUUGUUUGUCUUGUGAAGGGUACAUUCCCCUCUGUCUGUGUCAUUUUUGCUGUUUUUAGAUUUUAAAGUCUCCAUUUUAAAAUGCAGGUGAAUGUAAUAUAGUAAUCAGCACUUGUCAACAAAGAAUAAAUAACAAUGAGAAAACA